GGAGGGAGAGAUUUAGGGUCCAAUUUCUUUUCGAAGAACAUUUCUUUUCAUAAUUCUUUUUGUGGUUCUCUCUCAUUUGUCCUCUCCACUCUCUGACACACUGCUCUCUACAUGGCGUAAACCCUUGAUGCCUGAUAGUGCAAGCAAAGCAAAGGAAGCACCCCCACCUUCUUCUUCUUCUUCUUUUUUAAUGCCCUUCACUAAAACACACUGUCUUCCUCUUUGUCAGUAAAAAAAACUGCUUUUCUCUCUCUCCUCUCUCUUCUUUGUGGCCCUCAACACUUCUAUAAGCUCCUUGUUUAGUGCUUGCUUCCCCAGCAAAACCCACCUCCUCUCAAACUCUCUCCCAUCUCUCUUCUCUCUCUUAUCUCUUCUCCUUCACCGCCCAUUUGUUACACUCUUUUUUCUCUUCAAAUCCUCCCCCCUCUUAGCCAAAACCUUCUUGUUUUCUCUUACAACCAUUGCGGAAAGUGUUUAAGCUCGGUGUCAUCAAAUUAGACGAGUUCAUUGUUGAUGGGUCUAGUGUUUGAGGGUUGACUCUCUCUUCCCCUCCCCCCCGAUCUCUCUGACUCUCUUUCAAGAAAUGGAAAUGUCUGGAGAGACAAAGUGGUUCUUUUGAUCAUACAUCUUGGUAUUGACAGCUCCUGAGUCUACACCGCUACUGAGUCUCCUGCUUCUUUCCUUUUCUUCUAAGUUGACCGUUGAAGUAAGAAUUAAGAUGGGUGUUCAUGAAGGUCUAGGUAGUUGCUGAAACUUUUUUUGCUUUAAUUGAGUUUUUUUUAUCAAAAGAUUGACCACCCUUGUCUGUCUUCAUCAUAUAGCAACUCGAUCUCUUUCUUUCUGCUACUCGAUCACCUUAAGCUAGCAAAGUCCAAAGCUCCUGUGAUUCCUAAGAUUAGGUCUUUUGUUUUUGCUUUUGUCUCCUUUUAGUUUUCGAGGGUGUAGAAGAGUUUCUAAGAUCGAUAAAUAUGGUGUCAAGCGUUCAAAGCUAGGUUCUAUAGUCUCCAAGUGUGUUGUGUUGCUUCAAGAAAAGUAGACCAUUGCCAUUAUUAAAAAGGAAAAGGCCUGGGAUUUUAAGAAAACAGCCCACUUUUUUAAUUCUAAUCAUUAAGCCUCUUAAUUGUGCUUCCUGUCUGGUUCUUUCUCUUUUGGUCUCCAAACAAACAAACAAGAAACAAGUAAAAUAUUUGUCCAAAAAGUGGAGAGGAAGGAAAUGGAACUUUCAAGUCAUGAGGCGGGGAUCCCCAUCCCACUGAACAGUACAUUUGGGGGGGCUCAUGGGCAUGGACAUGGCCACUUGAUCCAUCAUGAUCAUCCUGCAGUGCCCCACAACCACAACAAUAUCAUCUCUUCCACAGCACCACAAAUCCCCAGCUCCAACAAUGGCACUUCCAUAACAACAGCAAGUAUAGACGACAAUCAUGUGCCUUACAAGAAAAUGGUUAGGUACAGGGAAUGCCUCAAGAACCAUGCAGCUUCCAUGGGAGGGAAUGCCACUGAUGGGUGUGGUGAGUUCAUGCCCAGUGGUGAAGAGGGUAGCAUAGAAGCUCUCACUUGCUCAGCCUGCAAUUGUCACAGAAACUUCCACAGGAAAGAAAUUGAAGGUGAACACACCUCAUGUACCGGAGAUCAUUGCUACCAUAACAGCCCAGUACAUUUCAACAGGCUUGGAAGGAAAGUUAUUUUAGGUCACCACAAGAGCAUUCUAGCCCCUGAGGCUUUAGGCUACCCUACAGCUACUGGUACUCUUAUACCCUCAAGAGCAUCAGCACCCCACCACCAGAUGAUAAUGUCCUACAACAUGGGGUCUCUUCCUUCAGAAUCUGAUGAGCAGGAAGAUGGAGGUGGGGUACUGAUGGCCAGGCCUGCACAGCUGAUGAAGAAAAGGUUUAGGACAAAGUUCUCACAGGAACAGAAGGAGAAAAUGCUCAACUUUGCAGAGAAAGUUGGGUGGAAGCUACAAAAGCAAGAAGAAACAGUAGUGCAGCAGUUCUGCCAGGAGAUUGGUGUCAAGAGAAGAGUACUCAAGGUUUGGAUGCACAACAACAAGCACAGUCUUGCUAAAAAGAACCCUUCCACCACCACAACCACUUCAAACAGUUAAGAAGAUUAAUUAACCCAGCACAUUAUCAUCUCUCUAUCUCUCUCUUAAGUAGCCAGAUUUGGUUUAACCCUACUUGUCAGUGAAAAGUAAUUACUCUACUACUACUUUUUUACACUAUCUUUUUUUUCUUUUUUUCUUUCGGACCUGUUUCUAGUAUUUAGGAAAAUUGGGGUUUAAUUAAUCAUUGGAGAUUUCAGUCUUCGGGUGGUGUUUUUGUCCAUUAAUCCAUUUUUAGUACAUAGAAGUGGAUUGAUUAUGCGCGCAA